CACCGUUUGUUACGCAUCUCAUAAAAUACAACAGCAACGCCUUGCUAAAUACAACACUUGCCUCAUAAGAGGUUUCUUGAUCUUUUCAUCACACUGUACCCUUUUUUGGUGUAACCUCCAUCUCCAUCGCAAAGUCACGCUGCGUGAAUACCGCACUUCAGCUUUCAACCUUCUUAUCGGCGCGCCGGCUUGCCAGUAUCAAACUCGUUUCGUUGUCGAAUUUGGCGUGUCCCGCUUUGAAUCUCCCUAAUAUCGCAAAAUCAUCACAUCUCAAUCACGGCUAUCAAAUCAUCGACAAUGCCUUCUCGGAAACGCAGCUAUGACCAGUACAUCGACGAAGUUAGCUUGUCAGAGAUUCAACGGCCCCGCAUUAUAAAUAACAAUCCAUCAUCGUCAAGCACUGAAGCACAACCGACCAGGACUUCACGACCCCGUGUUCGUCAACAAAGUGUCGCGCGCCGUGUCCAGGCGGUCCUUGAAAUAUUCGAAGGUCAGCUUUCACAGGAGUUUGUCAAGGAAUUCAACAGAAAAAGUGUCGUGUGUCCGCAGAAGAAGACGAGGAAGGCUGCAGCGUCCCCGCCUCCGUCUCCUACUUUGCCUCCUACUACUGCAUUUCCUCCUACGCCUAGAAAAGUUCCACCAACACCUCGAAAGCGAAUUAUCAAGAAGUCUACGCCCCGGCCUAUGGACUACUCUGCGUCGAAGAUCCUCCAAGCUUUGCCGAGAGAUGCGUUUACCAGACAACCAACCCCUCAACAAGACGCAAACAAGUCGUCAGUCAUUUCCAGCAUCACGGCGCUUGUCUUCAUGGGCAUGACAACUUGGUGGGCGUUUUCAAGAUGAGAUCAAUGCGAGGCAAAAUACAUAAACUAUCACCAAAAGUAGUGAAUAACUUGAACCCCGCUGGAGGUGGAUUGAGGGGUUGUUUCAGCUGCACUGUCGCGCUAUGCGUUAUCCCAUUAUAAGCAGAUCUCUUACCGCUGGUGAUGUGGCGAGGUGCCUCUUUGUUAUUGCGCAGUUCAUGCUGCGGCGUUGUUACUGACUGUAUGUUUUUGCCUUGCCAAUCGGGUGUAUCAUGAUAUCGAUAACAAAAAACUAAACGGAAGAUUCAGCAGGGAGCCGAACGAAAUGUGAAAUGAAUUACCGUUUAAUCCUGUCCAGAAAUUACAUGGAAGU